CAAAAAGCCCAACCAGUCAAACAACCCGCUCGAUCCGACAUUUUAAAUGUAUAGACACUGCAUCAUAUUGAACAUGUCAUGCAACUCCACAAUGUUGUUGAUUUAUUUGACUAGGUUGACGUAGUUUUUGUAAUCUCGUUAUCUAUGUAUAGAAUAUAAUACGACUGAGAAAUCCACCCAUGAUGAAGUGUGGCAUUCCAUCAUGAAGAUACAACCGCCCUAGUCGUUGUUUUUGACUCCGAAGCAUUGAUUUGCCAAACUUCGAAUCUUCUGCACUAUCAAUCCAAUCCAACAAUUGUAGGCGCUCUGCAUGGGUAGGUUUGCGUCGCGCAUCCUCCGCCUAUCGGGUGGAGGUGUGAACGCAUCAGUACAUACAUUCAUGUGAUGUCCCACUAGUAGUACACCAGGGACCAGCUAUUGCAAAGAAAUACAACUGCAUACUUAUUUGUUCAGAUAUUGUCUGGCAUAUUUAGAAUUUUUUCUUAGUGUUGCAUAUAAGUAAAUAUGUUUAGGCUCAGAAGUAGAGCAGAGUAAUUUAGUUGAAGAAGUAACACAACUCUCAAUCAUCUGAUUGAUGUUCGUUGUGAAGCAAGGUGGGGCUACUUCUACGAACAAAGAUAUUAUAUGAGAGUCGUCUUUUCAAUACGUAGCAUCCAAUUUUUUUUUCGAAUUCGAUUAAAGAUAACAGGUCUUUUUAUCCUUCUUGACUGGAUUUAAAUUUACAACCCACAACAAAAUUCCACUAACACUAACUCUAUUUAUCCACAUAAAGAAACAUAGUAGUAGUUAGGCUCGCCGAGAAGCGCGAAAAUGGGAGCUGCUCUAUCCGACAGCUUCCUGCUGUCGCCGUACUACUACAGCGUACUGGGCAGGGAGGAGGAGAUUACACCCGAGCAGGUCGAGCGACUUGAUAUGAAUGAGCCGGUCCCGGAAUAUCAGAUGAAAAGAGCGAAAGAACUGGUACGCAGAACAUCAACCUUUGCGUUUUAUUUUUCAACAUGACUCUUGUAGUUUUGAUCAUAUGUCUUAGCAGUUGCUUCGUCUAGGAGUUCGAUAGAAGAAGUAUUCGUCAGUAGAUCAUCUUUUCCUGACCAACGGCAAUCUUUACUGAUCCCUUUUGAAGAAUCAGGUUGGUAUGCUGGGGAAAAAGCUUGCAGAUGUGCCUUUUUUAGCAGGGAUAUACAAGCGUUGGGAGGCAGAUAUGGGGAUCAACUUCGAGGCGUUUGCCGACGAGGACCUGGAAACCUACUUCACGGACGUAAGGGACGCACAUUUUUGGUCAGCAUGGUGUGUCUGUGUGGUUGCUACGCCGAUCCUCGAACGCAGUACCAAGCUCUGGCUACUCUUCAACGUGGCCUAUAGGAAAUACAAGAGGCUAAAGCCGGGACAGCAACCGCCGGUAAGAAACUUUUUUGUUUGCACAACCUACCUACUUUAUUCUUAGAGAAUCGUAUCUUUGUCCUUGUCGAAAGCGAAUACCAUCGUAUACAAAUUGAAAUGUGGUUAUUUGCUACAGUCAUAUUUAUAAUAAAUAUAUAUUAGCAAAAGAAAUUUUACCAAAUACAGUGACUGAAAAAUCCUUGUUUUAUCCACCGCUGCUUCUCAACUCAGCGCGUUUCGCAAAAGAAAAAAGAGGAGGAGCCCACAGGUCGUGUGAGCAAGAAAGCGCAGAUGUUAAGGUCAAGAAUUAUUGCAUCCUCCUGCGCAGCGACGUCCUUCCCUAUGUAUAAUGGGGGGCUUUCUCCUUGAAAAAUGACACACGGAAUGCCCCGCUACCAGGGAUGUAAUGCUGCAGUAGAGUAGCUCUAAUGAUAAGACAAAAAGAAGAAGCAGCCAAACAGGUGGAAAAGCCUGUGCCCGAUAGCAGAAAGCUGCUUAUGGACCGUGAUGCGCUAGAGGACCUGCUGUGGGAAAUUUUCGGCAUUCUCACACGUAUUCUUAGCUCCGACACCAUCUUAGCCAAGAAACACAUAGGCACGCUGGUCGAGCGUUCAGAGUUUCAGAUUUUCCCGAUCAAACUCGAACAAGCAGUCACUAUCAUCAAGGAGGACCAGACCUACAACGCAAUAUGCAGGCUAUUUCGUACAACCUCUAAUUCUUGUUUUUUACCUUUAUAUUAAUAUAUAUAAGUAAUAUUUAUAAAUAUAUAGAUAUAUUUUGUUUUUGAUAUCCCGGGCAUCAUCAUGCUACUGAUAAUUGCUAGGCAACAUGCUGUGGUCUUGAUGCAGAUCUUUGAAUUCGAUGGUGAUUGAUAGUGGUGAUGAUGCUGAUGAUGCUACGCUGUUUUACUUUCAACUUCCGCUUCUGGAACAAUGAAUCCAAAUAUUGAUGAUUAAUCAAACUUUAUCUUCUGAUUCUUUCAAUCCCACUUCAGACACGUUGCUGAAGCCGCAACUGAAGGAGCUGAAGCUACACAAUUAUCGGCUUCCAGCGGCAUAUAUUGGACCUCUAGACUUCGCGUUGCAGGCCGACUGGACCAACGCUGAAGAGAUAGCGAAUUUGAUACCAAAGACGAUGUUCAUGAAGAAGAAAUUCAAGAAGAAGGACUUAACGGGCAUUAAACUCUCGGUCUGCGAAAUUUGCUUUCUCAAUGUGAUGCAGCGUGUUAUCAACCAGUACGUGGCACAGGUUUACAACCUAGCACUAGCGCCUCCGCCACUGCUUGUCCCGCGGUCCGAAACGAAACAGACAAUGCGCCAAAAGAGGAAAAAGUACGAUUAGAAAACUGUUUAUUUGAUCCACUUGGGGUCGAAAUGGACUUGUAGAUGUACUUCAAUACCUCUACCCAAAUGGAAGAGAUUUGCGAGGGGAACAAAUGAGCGUUGUGAUUUUAUUUUCGAUCCAGAACAUCAUUUUCUUAUGCUACGAUUUGCCCAUUGAUUCCUUGUCUAAGUAGUUGAAAAUGAUUUUCUUCUUCUCCUUGACGACCUUCAGGUACGUUCGCGCCAAGCUUGCUUUCUUGAUUCGGCGCUGCAUAGCAAACCUUCGGUCUCUCUGCGAAAUGGUGAGGUUUCAGCUUCCAACCAAUUACAAGGAAUACAUGGAAAACAUCUCGCAGAUGCUGACGAAAAGCGGCACGCCUCUACAAGCGUGGAUAGUGCGUAUUUUUCAGGCCAUUUUUCGGUUGCCAAAGAAAAGCAUGAAAAUGGAGCCCAGACUCACGUUGAAAGACGUCGUUCUGGGAGUGGUCGGCAGGGACUGCGAUAAUCAGCUAGCGGACCAGCUAGUUUAUUUGGCGGAGCACUCAAUAGUAUUACUGUUUUGAUAACUAGAACAACUACAAUUAGCAUGCCUCGAUCGAAAAGAACCUUUUUUUCAAUCAAGAAUAGAUGUGAGCACACACGCAGAAUUUCACUUGUUACAUUGAAUUUACAACCACCACAAACCUCCAGGUCGAAAGCAACCAAGUGCUAAAUGUUGUGCCCUUGCAGCACCGCAAGAUGCUCAGCUAUGGGUCAAUAGACAGCAUCCCACUCGAUGACAGGCAAAAGCAUAGUGUCUUGUGCAUCGGUGAUCUUAUCCUGCAUCAGUUAGUUGAUGAAACCUUCUGCAGGCAGUUGAUGGACGAAACGGGCCUCACAGAAUACGAUGCUAUUAGCAAGGAAAAAUACCUGCAGAGCUUCGUGCCACCAGACUUCUUCGACUUUAUGCGCAUUACUAAUACAACAAUAUGAUGAUCUUUAUUGAAUUUGGCUGAGGGCUUUUGUACAAUGAUUCACUAUGUAUUUAGUCGAAAAACUAAAAUAAUACAAGGGGGCGUUUGAAACAAAUCUACUAUAGAAGUCACAGAAUUUUACGGCUCUCCUGCAUUUUUGAAUCCCAAUCUAUUUAUUGAGAUGGAGAAUAGUACAACUAGUACUAGUAUGAUCCCAUACCCAUUGCUUACCUCCGGCUUUUCUUCAUAUUCUUGUGUAGCGACGAGUUCGAUCGCGUUGUGGCGCACCGGUAUAUGGCAGAUCGAGAGGAGGGCCUGAAGGAGCAGAAAGGCGUUCUAGUUCCUAAGCCGAACACAACCGUGCAGACACUUUCGUAUUUGCGGCAAACCGAGUUUAAAAUGUCCAAGCACAUGGCUGAAGGCCAACGAAGGAAAGAGAAGCUGCUCAAAUUGAAGGAAAAAGUUGAGGGAGACUUAGCCAAAGAGGUUGCGCUGGAACAAGGUCUCGUAGAGACCAUGGAGCAUACAAGCAUGCACUGCCUCUCGUUAAUGGAGAAAAUACGAUUGGAAGGUACUAGAUGACAAAAUUUCAUAACCUUUCUUUUCUUCCUUGUGAUUUUUUUGAGUCCUGCAAGCAUACUUGCGUAGAUCGGUCUUGGCUAUAAGUUUGAAUCCUUGCUGAUUUAGCAUGGUUUCAUCACCCACCUGUUUCCCUUUUCGCAUGCUGGUCUCUGUAUAACAUUUCCAGAUGACUACGACAAGCAGGAGAUUCUUCUGAAUAAGCACGUGCUCGCCCGAUACUACGAGGAACGGGCAAAACGAAAGAGCAAUCAGCGAGUCCAGAAGCUGCCAGCGCUGGGCGGAGCUAGUGCUCGUAGUCCUAGUCCUGGUAGCCCAGCAAUGAGCCACGGAAGUCCAAUGGACGAAGAUGCUCCACGUAGUCCGCUACUCACUGCGAGAGGCACAUACAGGAAAGAGAGUUAAGGCUGCAGUUGUUUGUCAUUUCGAAUCCAGGAGCAGCUCCAGUGACAAAUCAUUGAAUCCUUACCCGGAUCCAAGUUCGUGUGCAAUUUCAGUAUCUUGAUUCAAUUAUCAAACUAUGUAGUAGAUGAAACUAUACUUACAACAUACUCUCUCCUCUAAGAAAAGCGCGGACUCUCGCCGGAGGCCUUGUUAAACGCAAACGACCUCUCAAUGAGAAGAAAGAAGCGAAAAAAGAAGAAGCUCAAAUCCAUGUUUGAUGCACCGGUACAGAUACAGACAUUUGGACCAGCUUUUUUCUGUAAGUUCAUAUGGGUGUAUGAUGCUGUGGUUAUCUGAUGUCUACAAGACUCCACCAGACACGCCGAUUCCAGAAAUGCGUCUACCUAGUAUCAAUCUACGAUCGAGAUGAUGAUCACGAUGAUGUUUAUGUUGGUAAUGCCUCUGCGGCAGAGGCAGAGCCUCUCCUGUGGUUCACCUUCCCGGAUCCCUCACUUCGAACAGGUUAGUGCUUUGCCUGCGACUGGCCAGAAGGCGAUAAUAUUGCGGCAGCAUGUUGCAGACCGCCUCGGUAUGGCAUACAGGCCACCAGAGGAUUUGCGCUCGCGUGUAGACCAUCUGAAGAAUUUGAGCACGUUGGAGCACCUCCAGGAAGGUGUUAUCGAGGGCCGAAGUUACGAGAAUUCGCUCUUGUUCAGCAAAUACGCUCUCAAAGUAAGUGGCAAGGACAAGAUUCACUACGAGCCCAGGAGAGGGAAGAAUCACAAAGACCUAAAGCACCUUAUCGGCGAAUUAAAGGAGCUAGUUGGAGAAGACGAAGACGUACCACUUAUUACACCAUUUUGAUUUCUGUUGGACCACAAGAACACAGGCCUCCGUGCCUUUGGUUCGUUUCUCAGUGGAAACACAAAGUCAGAAUCUUGAAUGCAAGCAAACCUUGACACUCCUGCCUGAGACUUGCGAUCUCUGGCUGGUGUAGUCCCUGUUUGGUUCAUUGGGUGAGAUGAAUCAUACAGCAGCAGCAUAAGCGUGUCAGAAGGGAUCGGACUGAACAUGCAUCAUAUGACUAGGAUCAGCACAGCCGUGCCUAGUCUACACCUUGAUCAUUAUGAUUAUGCAUUGAAUGUGCACUGGAUGUGCAUUGGGAGUAGCAUUCAUGACCAUCGACAUUCAUGUCUUGUGAGAUCAUCCCGAUGACAGUCGAGCACGAGGCUUUGUGUGAGCCACUGAGAACAGAACGCCACGACAUCCGAGAGGCUUGGGCCAUACAUGACCAACACCCCUCCUCAAUCGAUGCGGGUUGAAGUCCGUCCCACGUGACCGCCUCACUGUGUGUUGAGUCACGGCAAUCGCGUCUCUUGUUUAGUGUAUGUGACCUGGCUACGGUGGUUUAGAAACCAAAAUAAACCGAAUAUAUUACGCUAUAGUAAGCUAAAUCGUCCUCAUCUGGUUCAUCAUCAGAGGAAUCACAGUCGUCUUCUCUACUUGUAGUUAUCGGGUUAUCUACGUGGUGUAGUAUGAGUCUACGCUGAGUGGCACUGCAGGUUAGUUUCGAAAGUGGGUCUGCCUUCAUCAGGUUGGUAGGACAGAACACGAUCUUACUAGCAGCGUCGCGCACUCUUAGGCAACGUAAAGCAUAGUGUCUACUUUUAGCUUAGGGCGAGCGUCUGUUGCUUUGGCUGUUGUGAUCGCAGACUGGUUGUCUAUCCACAAUGCAGCAUUGCCUAAGGAGGGAGACAAGCCGUUCUAUGUGUGUACCAACUGGGUUGGAAGAGGCUUAUAGGAGUCUGCGAAGUCAUGCAUCUCACUGAGCACUAUCGUGUCAGAAGCUGCAAUAUACUCACUUUCAGCCGUUGAGUAGGCUCUAACCGUUUGUCGGUUACUCCUCCACGCUAUGGGUGUACCUUUGUAAUACAUUAUGGAGCCACUUGUGCUUCUCAUUGUUUUGAUGCAGUUGGCGAAACCAGCAUCACUGAAUAUGUUUACUUCUGGCAUGUCUCUGCCUUCUGGUAGACGUUUCUCGUAUAUUUUGUUGAAUUCUUCUUCCUUUUCUGGUGAGUAUUCUACUCCUUGGUCUUUUGUUGACACCAGGCAUUUUAGCUUAGGACUUUCUCGGCUGCUUUGGCCAUUCUUGUUGACGUGGGUUUACUGACAUGCCUAGCCAACGCAGCUACCGGAGCAGAGAUAUCCGGGCGCGCGGUUACAGCUACCCAUAGUAAGGCACCAACUACCUCACGGAAGGGAUACCCAUCAACUAUCUUGGUCCCGUCUUCAAGAAAAGUUGUUUCGUCAAAAUUGGGCGAGUAAACCGGUUUCCCUAGUUGAGCUUCAUACUUCUUAGCAAUUUUAUCGAUGUACUGCUCCAUGCACAGUCUGAACGACUUAGCUUCACGGCCAUAGUACACGAUCGCGCCUAAGAAGUCGAACUUUAGCCAUUCGAGACCCCAGGGGGUUAGAAUUGACUCGACUUCAAUCGCACGGCCUGGAGCACGUGUGAAAAUGAGGUCUAGUUCGGUCUUGAGCUCAUCUUGGUCAGGACCUGUAGCAAGAUUGUCAUCUACAUAGACAGACAUCUUCAGGAACUUCCCCGGUGCUUUGCUGCUCGGUUUGCGCCACAAGCCAGGGGCAGAAGCACACGGCUCCCAACCAAGACUGGCGAGAGUCUCGCGAUACCUCUUGAACCAUGCUCGUGGUGCGUCCUUCAAGCCGUAUAGAGCUUCCUUGAGCUUCGCGACCUCGUAUCCAUGCUGUUUCGCCCAGAUGGGUGGAAGACGGCAGUAGACAUCUCGAUCGAGUUCGGCAUUGAGGAACGCUGAUUCUAAAUCGAACGGGGUCGCAUAGUCCCCCUCUGACGCAGCAGAAGUGAGGAGCAACCUAUUAGCGGCAUGUGAUACCACGGGAGCAAAGGUGUUUAGCUCUCCCGAACGAUCUAAAUUACCGAGUGCGCAGGCUCUUGCCUUGUAUUUUCCACAUCUCUUUCUUGUUAGUAUGAUGGCAAUUGGUAGAGCCCGUAACGCGGUUGCUAGCUGCUCGUCAGUAGCUUCUUCCCACGUUUUCAAGGCUAGUAGUCUCGCGUGCUCAAUGUCAAUGACUUCCUUCCACUUUUCAGCUUCAGGACUCUUUAAUGCAUUGGCAACGGACAGCAUCACAUGCGAUUCGACGACUUCCUCAUCUUCGUCUAUCUCACACGUGCCACCCAUAGCACUUGCGAACAGCGCCAGACUCUUUCUGAGUUCUUCCGUCUGUUUCUUUGUUCUACGAAUCCUUCCUCCAGCCUUGUCCUUGGCUCCUUUCGGUCGGCCACGCUUCUUGCCGUGUGUAUGGCGUUCGCCUGCCACAACACGUGCGGGAUCGAUCUAGUCGGACUAGGUGAGUCAGAGACUCGAUCCUUCGUUUCAGCUUUCCCCUCCUCAAGUGAAACACCUUCAGAAGAGUCAGCCACGUCGGAUUCAGCCUUCUUGUCUAAGGUUUCAACAUAUAGUUCUUCGGGAAUGCCGGUCGGUCCACCUGAGGCGCGCUCCGUGCCAGAGAACCCCGAUUGCUGAUCCAGCCUUUGCACUGACUGCCCAAUCAAGGGGGAGCCCAGCGACGACGCUCCACACUGCAAGUUUUCCACUUCGUCGCACUCAUAGUAAAAGCCCUUUCUAUCUGGCGUUAGCCAGUCUAUGUCCUUUAUUAGAUAAUCCUCUCUGAACUUGACAUCUAGGGUAGAGUAUUCCGCCCAUCGAUAUCCAAGCUUGCAACGAUCGUCAUGAGUGAAAGUAGCAACCAACCAACCAGAUGACUUCGGACAGAGUCCAAGGAAGACGCCACGGCGGUAUUUGGCCGAGAGCUUGGGUUCAGGAGUGUUGGCUUGAAUUUGUUCACGAAAGUAAACAAGGCAACCAAAUCGGCGGAGCAUGCCGAUUUUGCUUGUGGAAGAAUUUCUACCAGUUCUUUCUUCUAGAGUCUCUAUUGGACUCUUUCCAUCGUGUCCUGGCAUUUUAGCGUAAUUAUGUGGAAGACGAUCCCAGCAGUCAUUAGCGUACUCAACACAGUAACACCAAAGACGUCGACCAACCUUCGUUAGCAUUGUUCGCACGCUGCCAAACAAGGCCCGCAUAAAACGUUCAGCAGUCCCAUCCAUUUCCGGACUAUAAGGAACAGCCGGACUGUCUGAGACCCGCAGCGAUUGCAUGAGUUUGGUCAUGUCAUCACUACCGAGGACUGGCCAUCCAUCCCUCCGGAUGAACCAUACUACCUUGUCAUCUAGCGAUAAGGAGUAGUCCUGUCGAAUGCCUUUUGUGGCUUGUUCUAUUUCCUCCACACAGUCACUUUUAAGCUUCAGCGGUCGACAAAGCGCCUUCCUAAUUACGUCACAUAUGACAACUAGAACACAUCUCAUAGAUCUUACUGAGACAGGUUUUCUUCCUACGGCAAAGUCUAUUGCAAGUAGUUUGAGGGGUUCGGGUUUGUAGGUAGUCAUGUCUCUAGAUUUUGCAUGGAAUUUCCGUUGUCCUUUAUGUAGGUCACAUUCUGGGCAACUAACUUGUAGCCCAUCUAUGUGAAAGUGGCCACAUCUCUUGUGUAGUUCUAAUCUCGUAAGAUGGCAACUAGAGACGCCUUCUUCUAUUGAUGUACAGGCGAAACCACUUUCGUGUUUGUUUUCAAAGAAACUACAUGCGAGUACGGGUAGCUGCAAGCGUGGGUGAGCUCUGAUGGGUAGCAUCUGGCCGGUGUCCGUGUGCAUGAUACAACCACCAGUGCCUUUGAAGUUGAAGUCCCACCCUAAUUGCGAGCAGUUUCCGUCUCCUAACCAUGGUAAUGCGCGAUCUAUGUUUCCAGGUAGAGAAUCAUAGUAAAGUCCAUUCUUUAGUCCAAGCACGUUGUUCUUGAGUUUUCCGACUUUUCCGUCCUUAGUACCUGCGCUACCUGUCAUUCUACAAAUGUUGUUACCAAUUUCAUCGAAAUCAUCUCUGUGUCGUGAAAGAUAUUUGUUUGCACAACUAUCAACUAGCGUUGCGUCUUCUGAUGUUCUAGCAUUCAAGGUUGUGAAACUAUAUCCGUCUGUAUUGUAGCUAUCAGCAUGAUUAUCAACGUUUGUCAUUAUUUCAUCUUCCUCGAAAUUCAGCGAACACUUCCCAAAUUCGUACGGUUCCGUCGCUCAGCUUCGAUUGUGCGAAUUCAUGAUGUUGAGCAUCUCCGCAACCUGCGACAUGUGGAUCAUGCCGCUGCUAUUACCCUUUCCACCUUUGCCUCUAGAACUACUAGAUGGGGCUCCGGUAGUCCAACUUCCCUGUCCCUGUUGAAGGGCUUGUGUGUUAUGCCAGCACUCGGAGGACUUGUGUCCGACCUUGUGGCAGCAAGCACAGCGGGGUGGAUAGGUAUUCUCUCCUUUUCCUUUAUCUUUCUUCGGCUUUUGUCCGCCGUUCUUUCCUCCUUUGGGUUGGUACCCGUAGGAGUUGUAGACCUCGGCGAUUGCCUUCUUCUUUUCUUUCUGCUUGAAACGCUUGAGGGCGUUAGCGGAAAUGAAGGUCUUACCAUCUGCCUUAUUGGCCUCUACCUCGUCAUCAUCCUCAUUCUUAUCAUCACGAGGACGCUUGUUCGAGGUUUCCUGAACAUUGACCGGAAACGCUUUCCCGAAGGAGUCGUUCUCAAUUUUGUAGGUUCCCUCCUCGAUCAACGUUGUAAGACGUUUCUCAAGUCGGUCUCCAAUUUGGUCAAAUGUCAGGCCAUCUUCUUCUUGCAUCCGCUCGAUGGUCGCUUUGAAGUUCUUGCAGAACAACUCGGGCAACUUCAGCAGGAUCGCUCCGCUCUGUUGAUCAGCUUCGGGCAGAUCUGCAUCCGGCGGGAAGACGGUGGGCGAUUGGUUCAUGAUGUCGCGGAUCUUUGAGAGGAACUCCUUGACAUCUGCAGGCUGGUCGCUGUUGUGGAACUUCGUCAGUCCCUCCGACAACGGCUUGACCUUCGCGCGCUGCUCCUGGCGAUUGUUCGCGUUGAAGUUCCCUUGGUCACGAAGUAGAGCAACAACUUCACCAGCAUCCAUUUCGUCCACCGCGCCAUCGUUAUUCCGAUUGUCGACAAACGACUUGGCCGCACCUUUCGGACUUCGUAUGAUUACGUCUUUCAGGUUGCGCCACUUCUGGCGGGUCACGUCUUCGCGACUGGUAUUACCUUGCGGCGCACCAUGUGGAACGGCCGGCACGUUGACUACAUUCGUGUAGUUCUCAAGUAAGCCUAGGCGACUAGCUUCUUGACGUACGGCUCGCUGCCACUCGCGCCAGUCGGACUUCUGUCCCAACUUCUUGAGGAUCUCCUUGGCCUCGCAGGACAUUUUGAUGGAUUUGUUUAUUUUACUACACUACUUCCAAUUUUAUUUUACUUUCGCCGCUCAAGGGUUAGACCAGUGUUGGACCACAAGAGCACAGGCCUCCGUGCCUUUGGUUCGUUUCUCAGUGGAAACACAGAGUCAGAAUCUUGAAUGCAAGCAAAUCCUGAUACUCCUGCCUGAGACUUGCGAUCUCUGGCUGGUGUAGUCCUUGUUUGGUUCAUUGGGUGAGAUGAAUCAUACAGCAGCAGCGUAAGCAUGUCAGAAGGGAUCGGACUGAACAUGCAUCAUAUGACUAGGAUCAGUACAGCCGUGCCUAGUCUACACCUUGAUCAUUAUGAUUAUGCAUUGAAUGUGCACUGGAUGUGCAUUGGAAGUAGCAUUCAUGACCAUCGACAUUCAUGUCUUGUGAGAUCAUCCCGAUGACAGUCGAGCACGAGGCUUUGCGUGAGCCACUGAGAACAGAACGCCACGACAUCCGAGAGGCUUGGGCCAUACAUGGCCAACAAUUUCUCUUUUAGGCUUUUUAGUUUGUUAGCUGAACGAGAAGAAAUUUUUCGUGGCUACCUCCACCUGAUAUCGCUUUAGUAUUUAUUACAGGAAUUAUAAAUAAAAUGAAAAUUUGAGAUCCAUGUUACUCCAUUGUAUCUAUGCAUCUAUAAAUAUUAUAGGUAUUCUAGCUGUAGUACGAGUACACCUAAUUAUAAGUUCUAAUGUGGAUGUAUCUAAUUCUGAGACUACUUAGCUAUGUAUACUAUACCUAUGUAUAUGAGAGAGCGAUUUAUAUGGUCGGUCGUUGGAAGCACGAAGAAGAUUCCGAUGAAGAAGAGAAGAUUCGUUGUCUGGCGUACAACUUCUAGCACAAGAACUGAAUGUUGUAGUUGCCUUGUUACGAAGUCGAAAACUACUGAUGAAGAUGAAGAUUCCAACAACAUGACCUUGUAGAAUCUGCUCCCACUACAGAAUCUGUCUUUCCUACAGAUUUUCGGUGUGGGCUUGAAGAAAUUUCGGAACAAGGACCCUUUUGCGUUUGCAGGACGACAAGCGGGCAGCAGUCCAGCGAAGAGCGGCAGUCCACCAAAAUGAGAGAUUUUUGAUAGAAGCCAGUUACUUCUUCAUAUACUUCAACGACGACAAUUAUUCGCUAGUUGUAUGCAUAACUAAUACUAGGUAGUUUGUGUGUAUUAUUAUUAGACGUACAACCAAAUACUUAUUCUAGUAGUAAAAACUCAACUACUUCAUGGAAUCCAAACGUACUUGAAAUGUAACACAUCACUUAAAGAAUAGGGCUAAUGAAGAAAAACGAGAUUCCUACAUGUGACAUGAUAUCUAUGGGGCAGCCUUUAAAAGGCCAGAUUAUUAUUUGAUGUGCUAUCAGAUAUUCGGGUUCAAGAAGUUCCGCCAAGGCAGGCGACAAGGAGGACGUGGAAACAGUCCCACGAGUGGCGCGCAUGAUUCAGGCGACGCUCAUGACGUCGGCGACGGUGCGCAAGAUGCGCCGCAAGCAAAGGCGCCGCGGCACCAGUUCCUCAGCCGUCGGUCGCAGUCCUUCCACCAAAAGCGUGGUGAACCCCGUAGUGCGCGAGAAUUAAGUGGGGCGUUGUUCCACGCUUUUGGCCUCGAAGAAAUCCGCACGCAGCAAUAA